ACCUACACGUUAUUAGGACUAUUUAUAUUUUUUCAAAUUGUGAAUGCAUUCUUAUCGUCAAUUUCAUGGAGCGCUAUCUGUCGACAAACUUUAGUACUAAAAUUUUGUAUUCGUAGUGCUGAAUGGAGAAUCACAUUUUUACGUGUUUUUCAUGAUCAGUUUCUCCUAAGAUUACGAAUAUUUUGUUUUAGGAACUUUUUAUUUAAGUGCUGCUGGCGACGAAGCGAAAUGCACACAGCCAGUGCAGAAGGACAGUACCGGGGCACUAAUGGCUCAACCCAUGGUCGUGAUAAAGUCGCCAUUUUGGAUGCAGGAUCUCAGUAUGGAAAGGUGAUAGACAGACGUGUGCGUGAGUUAUGCGUCGAGUCCGACAUCCUCCCGUUGGACACGCCAGCGUACCACCUGAAGGAGGCGGGCUACCGCGCCAUCAUAAUCUCGGGCGGACCCAACUCUGUGUAUGCUGAGGACGCGCCCAGAUAUGACGCGGACAUAUUCAAGAUAGGACUGCCAGUGUUAGGUAUAUGCUACGGUAUGCAGAUGUUGAAUAAAGAGUUUGGUGGCUCUGUUCUGCGCAAAGAGGCUAGAGAGGAUGGCCAAUAUGAAGUUGAGGUGGAGACAACUUGUCCUCUCUUUAAUCGAUUAGAGAAAUUGCAACCGGUCCUACUGACGCACGGCGACAGCGUACAAAAAGUUGGUGAACGAUUCCGCGUUGGCGCACAGUCUUCUAACCAUCUUAUAGCCGCCAUAUACAACGAGCAGAUGCGUCUCUACGGCGUACAAUUCCAUCCUGAGGUGGAUUUAACACCGAAAGGCAAGCAGAUGCUGUCGAACUUCCUGUUCGACAUUGCGGGACUAUCGCGCACUUUCACAUUGAGAUGCAGACGCGAGGCGUGCAUACAGUACAUACGGGACACGGUCGGCGAAAAUAAAGUGCUGGUAUUGGUAAGCGGAGGCGUAGACUCCACAGUAUGUGCGGCGCUUAUAAGAACUGCCCUACGCGAGGAUCAAGUCAUAGCCCUACACAUUGAUAACGGAUUUAUGCGUAAAAAUGAAAGCAGUAAGGUGGAGAGAUGCCUAAGGGACCUUGGAGUACGUCUACACGUGGUCAAUGCCGCCCAUCAGUUCCGGCAGGGCAGCACGGUGGUGCGCGAGGCGGGCGGGCGCACGCGGCACACGCCGCUGCUGUGCCACACCACCUCGCCGGAGGACAAACGCAAGAUCAUCGGCGACGUGUUCAUUAGGGUGGCGGAGCAGGCCGUGCAGCAGCUGCAACUGCAGGAGGAGCAAGUGCUGCUGGGUCAGGGCACGCUGCGGCCGGACCUGAUCGAGUCCGCGUCGUCGUUGUGCAGCAACAACGCGGCCACCAUCAAGACGCACCACAACGACACGGAGCUAGUGCGCGUGCUGCGGCAGCGCGGCCGCGUCGUAGAACCGCUCAAGGACUUCCACAAGGACGAGGUCCGCGCGCUGGGCACGGAGCUAGGGCUGGCGUCGGCGCUGGUGGAGCGGCAACCGUUCCCCGGGCCCGGCCUCGCCGUGCGCGUGCUGUGCCAGGACGAGCCGUACGCCGAGCGGGACUUCGCCGAGACGCAGGUGAUAGUGAAGAUAAUGGUCGAGUACGCGUCCAUGUGCGUAAAGUCUCACGCGUUGCUCGGACGUGUGGUGAACGCGUCCACGCCCGCGGAACAGAACGAGCUGAAGCGUAUCUCGUCAAAGUCGCAAGUGGCCGCCACGCUGCUGCCGAUAAGAACCGUAGGAGUACAGGGUGACUGUAGAACGUAUAGUUAUGCGGUGGCGCUGUCUACGGAACGUUACCCGCCAGACUGGGCAGACAUGCUAUAUCUCGCCAAACUUAUACCGCGCGUCUGUCACAAUGUCAACAGGGUAUGUUACGCUUUUGGCGGCAUCAUCAAAGAACAAGUGACAGAUAUCACACCGACAUUCCUGUCACAGCAUGUCAUCUCAACCAUACGUCAAGCCGAUGACAUUGCCACACAGGUGCUAGUGUCUAGCGGGUACGCGGGCCGCAUAGCCCAGAUGCCGGUGGUGCUGAUCCCGAUACACUUCGACCGCGACGCGGCGGUGCGCGCGCCCUCCUGCCAGCGGUCGCUGGUGCUGCGCCCCUUCAUCUCCGCGGACUUCAUGACCGGCGUCGCCGCGCUGCCCGGCUCCGACGGCAUGCCGCAGGACGACACCCCUAACAUUUUCUGCCAAUACCACAUUUCUAACACAUUGAUACGCUCACUAUCUGCUGACUCGGUGAUCCAGGUCUCAGAGGCAUACAGAAAUAUGAAGAAGACGAAAGUUGUAGACAGAAUGCGUAAGGAGCUGAUGAGCGUGCCCGGUAUAUCGCGCGUGUUAUACGACUUGACGGCCAAACCCCCCGCCACUACAGAAUGGGAAUGAUCGUGCCGAUAAUUUUAUACCUUUUUUUACUGAACGAACGCACCGUAGCAGUGGUCCUUCCUGUUCAUUGUUUGCACCCUUAUAAUCUCUUAGCCCUAGAAUUGUAACGUUAAAAUCUCGCCAGCUACGAGGGCACGUCGACUUGAGCGUUUCAUUUUCUGCAAUUAUAAAAGUAUGUACAUAUUGAAACAGAGAAGCUUAAUAAAUAUUGUCAUGCGGAUUUAUGAGAAACUAUAUUUAGGUAAUAAAGUGCCUAAUUAUCUGUAGCAUUCGUGUAUAAUAACUGCGUUAUCUCGUCGAUCGCCAUUUCACCGAAAUUUAUUAAAGUUAUACAUUUUGGAAUAAAAUCCGUUUGAAAUGCCAAUUUACGAGAUUUGAUAAUGGGCUGCACUCUAGACAUAAGCUUUUUUAUAAAUAUGAUUGAAUAAAUCAUAAUAUUGUCUUUCCAGUGAUUAUAAAUUUUAUUGUCCAUGAAUGUUUUUAAUUAACAGAAUGAUAUUGUUUCUGUUGUGCCCUGAAGGCGAUGAAUUUUUUCGAGUUUUUAAUUAUAUAUUCAAAUAAAAUUAGUGCAACAUUUGGACCACUGCUUGAAAAUAUGAAGAAUGAAGUUUUGUAAAUACAUUUUCUGUAACACAUGAUACAUUGGUGUUGAAUGUUAUUGUUAGCUCCACUGAUCGGUUUUGUAAAAUGUAUGUAGUAAUUUAUUGUCAAAGGCUGUGUAAAAUUAAAAAAAAAGCCCUCAAUUAUUCCGCGUGACGAGAUUACUAUAAAGAAUCUUGUAAAUCUAGAACACUGUUUUAUGGAAUGGUUCAGUGUUAUUGACUGGAAGUUUCGUAAUAAAAAUUAUAUUAUGCUUUAUUUUCACA